ACUGUCCGGGGUGCCCGAGCCUGAGGAGCUCAGCUCCCGUCUUGGCCGCCCUGCUGCAGCGGCGCUGAUGCCACUGGUCGGACCGCGCUGCGCCGCUAACUCAGCUGCGCUCCCGCUCUGCCUUUCCGCAGCCUCUGCAGCCCUGCGACCGACUCACACCUGCUGCUGAGGAAAGAUGGCAGAGGAGCAGCCCCAGCUCUGCAUCCAGAUGGAAGAGCCCAGCUCCAAUGGCAUCCCCAGUGCCACACAGUCCCCUGCAGGCCUGGGUGGGCAUGGGGGCACUGUGCUGUCCUUCCACAACAUCUGCUACCAGGUGAAGGUGAAGACUGGGCUGCUGUGCUGCAAGAAAACAGCAACCAAACAAGUUCUGAGGGAUGUCAAUGGCAUCAUGAGGCCGGGGCUGAAUGCCAUCUUGGGACCCACUGGCAGCGGCAAAUCUUCUCUCCUGGACAUUUUAGCUGCCAGGAAGGAUCCCCAUGGGCUUUCUGGGGACAUCUUGAUCAACGGAGCUCCUCAGCCUGCCAAUUUCAAGUGCACCUCUGGAUACGUGGUACAGGAUGAUGUGGUGAUGGGAACCCUGACUGUGAGAGAGAACCUGAAGUUCUCAGCAGCACUGCGCUUGCCCAAGUCGGUGACGGAGCAGGAGAAGAGUGAGCGAGUGGAUCAGAUCAUCAAGGAGCUGGGCUUGAGCAAGGUGGCAGAUUCCAAGGUUGGCACCGAGUUCUCUCGUGGGGUGUCUGGUGGAGAGAGGAAAAGGACCAGCAUUGGGAUGGAGCUCAUCACAGAUCCUGCCAUCCUGUUUUUGGAUGAGCCAACUACUGGGCUGGAUGCCAGCACUGCCAACUCUGUCCUGCUGCUGCUCAAAAGGAUGGCCCAGCAAGGCAGGACCAUCAUCUUCUCCAUCCACCAGCCUCGCUACUCCAUAUUCCGCCUCUUCAACAACCUGACGCUGCUGGCUGCUGGGAGGGUCCUGUUCCAUGGCCCAGCUCAGGAGGCCCUCCAGUACUUCCAGACUAUUGGGUACCAGUGUGAACCAUACAACAACCCUGCAGACUUCUUCCUGGAUGUGAUCAACGGAGACUCCCCCUCAGUGGCUGGGAGCAAGGUCACAGAGACUGAGCCAGUGAGCACCGAAGACCACAGAAGCUUGGCCGAGAAGCUGGCAGAAGAAUACUGCAGCUCUGCCUACUACCAAGAGACAAAAGCAAGCCUGGAGAAGAUUUCUUUGGGCAGCCAGAAGAAACCCAAGGCAGCUUUCAGGCAGAUCACCUAUGCCAACUCCUUCCUUCUCCAGCUCAGAUGGGUGUCCCGCCGCACCUUCAAGAACCUGCUGGGCAACCCUCAAGCUUCCAUAGCUCAGGUGUGUGUCACAGCUCUCCUGGGGCUUGUGGUAGGUGCCAUUUUCUUUGGACUUAAAGAAGACUCCACUGGACUGCAGAACAGGGUGGGGGCCAUGUUCUUCCUGACCACCAACCAGUGCUUCAGCAGCGUCUCGGCCAUCGAGCUCUUUGUGGCUGAAAAAAAGAUCUUUAUCCAUGAAUACAUCAGUGGCUACUACAGAAUAUCUGUCUACUUCAUCUCCAAGCUGAUGGCUGAUCUGAUACCCAUAAGGACCAUGCCAAGCAUCAUCUUCACCUGCAUCACUUACUUCAUGUUGGGUUUGAAGCCAACAGCAGGAGCCUUCUUCACCAUGAUGUUCACCCUGAUGAUGGUCUCCUACACAGCUACUUCCAUGGCCCUGGCCAUUGCAGCAGGGCACAGCAUGGUGACUGUAGCCAACCUGAUGGUGACUGUGGUCUUUGUUUUCAUGAUUCUGUUCUCUGGGUUGCUGGUCAACCUCACCAGUGUCCUGUCCUGGCUCUCCUGGCUGAAGUACUUCAGCAUCCCUCGCUAUGGAUUUCAGGCUCUGCAAAUCAAUGAACUGACUGGGCUGAACUUCUGUGGCAGCACCAACAGCACAGGCUUGAUCAGCAACAUCACCUGCCCACAGACAGGCCAAGUGUGGUGCACUGGGGAGGAGUAUCUGAAGCACCAAGGCGUCGAGGCGAGCACCUGGGGCCUGUGGCAGAACCACCUGGCUCUUGCCUGCAUGAUGCUGAUCUUCCUCACCAUUGCCUACCUGAAACUGUCCUUCAUGAAGAAGUUCUCUUAAAGCCAGAAUGCAAAAUGCACCUCCUGGACCAAACUGACUGUGCAGCUGUCCUGCAGCUCGGGUGGCAGAGCCUCCUCUGCCCCCAGGUGUUGGCAUAAGCUCCAUCCUCGGCGUGAUUGCUGAGAAGCUUUCUCCCUUCUCCUGGCCCUGG